AUGACCAAUGAAUCGGUAGACCCUGAUGCUAACCGGCCUAGAAGAAUGGAACAAGAAAAGUCAGCCUACGAAGACCAGCUGACUACCUUCCGCACCAGUCGGAAACUGAUUCGGAUCAACAAGAUCCCAUUCAAAGUCACCCGUCAUGCAUUCGAAAAUGCACUUCGGGAGAAACUCAGCAAGUCUGAGUCCCCUCGUUUUUUCUGGCCUCCAGUCGACAAGGCCAAAUUGAGAAACCCUGCUCGUCAUUUGGGCUGGAUCAUGGUCGGAUUCGACCAACGAGAGCAGUGCAAGGAAGCUUUGUCUGAGCUCGCGGGGGCUCAGCUUGGCAUUGAACGAGCACACAGGGUGGCAUUUGGUUCGGGCUCCUCUGGGAAACGAGGCAAGCCUGCUGGUUCUGAAGCGUCGACAAUCGCGCCUUCAGUAGCGGGCCCUUGGACUGCUACGUUUUCAGUAGCAGGUGGCCCUUGGACUGCUACGUUUUCAGUAACGGGCCCUUCGGCUGCCGCAUCACCUGCGGUUCCCACCCCAACUGCCGGCAAUACCAUCGCCGAAGCCGCUCUUCUCCCUGGCAUCACCCCAGAGAAUGCCCCUGCCGCUGUGGUCGCCACUGAGGAUGUCCAUGCCGCCACGAAUAAAAGGAAGCUGGAUUCUCAUGACGCCGAGGUUCUCCCCGCUAAGAAAAUGAAGUUUGAUGCCCAUGCCGCCAUGAAGAAAAGGAAGCUAGAUGUUCAUGCUGCCGAGGAUGCUCAUGACGCCGAGGAUCUCCCCACGAAGAAAAUGAAGUUUGGUACAAACUAA